AUGAGGCGGUUGGUGGUGAUUUUGAAAUCGGAAUCCGAAAACCCGGAUAAUUACGCCACACUGUUAGAAAAGCACGGCUUCGAGCCCGUGUUCAUUCCGACGUUGGAUUUCUCGUUCAAGAACCUUGACGAGCUGCGGGAUCGACUGCUUUCGCCUUACAAAUACUCGGGCCUUAUCUUUACCAGCCCUCGUAGCAUAUCGGCCGUCCGGGAUGCACUACGAGGCCAAAAACCGAAGGACGAUUGGAAGACACUGGAGAACUACAGCGUUGGCGAGACGUCGCGGGAAUUAAUUCAUCGAACGCUCGAACUUGACACAAAAGGCCACCACUCGGGGAACGCCAGCAACCUUGCUGACUUUAUCAAAACCGAUCUGUACAACAAAACCGUAACGAUGCCCUUUCUUUUCCCCUGCGGUAAUCUCAAGCAGGACGUGCUGCAGAAUAAGCUGUCCGAGUACGGCUACUCGCUCGAUUCCGUUGAAGUGUACGAGACGGUGCCACACCGCGAUCUGGAGAAAAACCUGGUCGCCCUGUUCCGAAGUGAGCGGGAGGAGAAGAACGAGCGGACAAUCGAUAGUCUACUGUUUUUUAGCCCCUCGGGUAUCAACUACUGUGCGCACGUGUUCGAAAAGCACCGCAUCGACCUUACCGGCAAACGGAUUAUUGCGAUUGGACCGAGCACGAAAAAAGCAAUCGAAAACAAGGGCAUCACAGUGCACCGGACGGCGGAAAAACCGUCGCCCGACUACAUUGUUGGAGCGCUGCUACAGGACACCUAAAGAGGCAAAGCUUCCGACAGCAUUUUCUCGUGGCCAGAUGAACGCGAAACAGACUACCAUAGUGCAAUAAUCCGUCUUCGGUGUAUAUCUUUUCCUAAAUGUUGAUGCGUAAAAGGAGAUGUUAUAGAUACACAGGAGAAGGAUUUGAUAUUUUUUCUCGAAACUUACCAGUCAAUAGGUGCUGAAACCCCUUAGAAUAAGUAUUAAACAAAAAACUACCUAACUAAAUGAUCGUCAAUGUUAUC